GAGGCAGAGACUACGGAGGCCAGGAUAGCAGCCCUGGAGGCCAGUCUGAAGAGCAUGGUGUACGAAUACGUCUGCCGCUCACUCUUCAAGGCUGACCAGCUGAUGUUUGCCAUGCACUUUGUCAGAGGGAUGCACCCAGACCUCUUCCAAGAGAAUGAGUGGGAUGCCUUCACUGGCCUCGUAGUAGGGGAUAUGGUGAGAAAGGCGGAUACCCAGAAAUCUUUGCGGGAGCAGAUUCCUUCCUGGAUUGAUCAAGAGAGACUUGGAGCUGUAGCCAUGUUCAAGAGUACGUUCCCAGGCCUGUACCAGUCUCUGUGUCUGAGUGACUCGGAUCUCUGGCUCUCCUUCUCACGGAGCUCCAACUGUGAACAGGAAGUCCCGCCCUCCAUCGCCAAGAAGAUCAAACCGUUCCAGCAGGUACUGUUGGUUCAGGCCAUCAGGCCAGAUAGACUACAGAGUGCCAUGGCUGCCUUCACCUCGCAGGCCCUGGGUAUGAGGGAGUUGUCUCCUCCUCCUCUGAACCUGAGGAGGUUGUACAGUGAGACUCUGGAGAUUGAACCUGUCCUCAUCAUCAUCUCCCCUGGAGCAGAUCCCUCCCAGGAACUACUGGAGCUGGCCUCAGAGACUGUAGGACGGGACAACUACCAUGAGGUGGCAAUGGGCCAGGGCCAGGCUGAUGUGGCCUUAGCCACUCUGAGAGAGUGUUCCCACAGCGGAGGCUGGCUCUGCCUUAAAAACCUUCACCUGGUGACUGCGUGGCUGCCACUGCUAGAGAAGGAGCUGAAUGUUCUGCAACCUAAGGCAGGCUUCCGUCUCUGGCUUACUGCUGAGGUCCAUCCCAAGUUCCCCCUCAUCCUGCUGCAGUCCAGCCUCAAGAUCACCUACGAGGCUCCUCCUGGUCUAAAGAAGAACUUGUUGAGGACUUAUGAGACGUGGAGCCCAGAGCAGAUCAGUAAAGGUGGUCUGCUGUCCAGAGCCCAGUCCCUCUUCUGCCUCGCGUGGUUCCACGCUGUCUGCCAGGAGAGACGUAACUACAUCCCCCAGGUACCCCAGCACUUUAUAAACUACAUCCUCCAGGUACCCCAGCACUUUUUAAACUACAUCCCCCAGUUACCCCAGCACUUUAUGAAUUACAUCCCACAGGUACCCCAGCACUUUUUAAACCUCAUCCUCCAGGUACCCCAGUACUUUAUAAACUAUAUCCUCCAGGUGUACCAGCACUUUAUAAACUACAUCCCCCAGGUACCCCAGUACUUUAUGAAUUACAUCCCACAGGUACCCCAGCACUUUAUAAACCUCAUCCUCCAGGUACCCCAGUACUUUAUAAACUACAUCCUCCAGGUGUACCAGCACUUUAUAAACUACAUCCCCCAGGUACCCCAGCCUCUUAUAAACUACAUCCUCCAUGAACCCCAGCACUUUAUAAACCUCAUCCUCCAGGUACCCCAGUACUUUAUAAACUACAUCCUCCAGGUGUACCAGCACUUUAUAAACUACAUCCCCCAGGUACCCCAGCCUCUUAUAAACUACAUCCUCCAUGAACCCCAGCACUUUAUAAACUACAUCCCACAGGAACCCCAUAACCUUAGAAACUACAUCCUCCAGAAUGUGGUGAUCGAUGGUAUCAAAAGCAGCACUAAGGCCUAG